AUGCAAGGCGCCAGCACCAACAAGCUGUCGGUCGCGGGUGCAGUUGUGGUCGUGGACUGCAUGGCUGGCUGGGCGGAAGACAUCGUCUUUGGAGCCCUCACUUCCGGAGUUAACAAGCCCACGUUCGUGUGCCUGAACAUCGUGCUUCUACUGUGUGUGGUGACCCUCGGUGCCACUCUCCUGCUCUCCAUCGCUGCAUAUCCAUUUCUUGUUCCACAUCUGGCCUUCCUGUUGAUGCUGGCCCUUGGAUUAUGGGCCCUCAUCAUUUGGUUUGUGUGCAAUUUAGGCAUGACAACUUCUGAGCAACAACGAAAGGAGUUGGACGCCGGCACUUCGGAAGGGCCGCAUCAGAAUGACAAGAAGGCAGAGUGA